GCACUUUCUUACCCUCCAGAGCCUGAGCCCUUGUGAAGCCGGCGAUGACCAGUCUGAAUGGUAGCCAUGCUGAAAAAACCACUGACAUGCCAAAACCUUCAGCCCCCAAAGUGCACGUGCAGAGGUCCCUGUCCCGAGACACCAUCGCCAUCCACUUCUCAGCAUCCGGGGAGGAGGAGGAGGAAGAGGAGGAUGAGCUGAGGGAGUACCUGGGGGAGGGGCUGGACAACCAAAGCAUCGUAACAGGGCUUGAGGCCAAGGAAGACCUCUAUCUUGGCCAUGGCCCUGCCGCCUCGCCCACCCUGGCAGAUGGGCUGCCGGUGGCCCAGCCCCCAGCCGUUCUGCCCGUCUCUGAGAACACUGUCAAGCUGCUGGCGUCCCCUCCUCCAGCAGCCCAAGUAUUAAGUACAGUGCCAGUGGCUCUGUCCCCGGGGUCGUCUUCGUCAGGCCCCUUAGCAAGCUCUCCCAGUGUGUCCUCCCUCUCUGAGCAGAAAACCAGUUCCUCCUCCCCGCUGUCCUCUCCUUCCAAGUCUCCUGUGCUGUCCUCCAGUGCCUCGUCCUCCACCCUCGCCAGUGCAAAGCCCUUCCUGAGCCUUGGGAAGUCCCUGUCGACAGAGGUGGAGCCAAAAGAACCCCCGCACCCGCCAAGGCACAGGCACCUGAUGAAGACGUUAGUGAAGUCUCUGUCCACAGACACUUCCAGGCAGGAGUCGGAGACCGUGUCCUACAAGCCCCCCGACUCCAAACUGAACUUGCACUUGUUCAAGCAGUUCACACAGCCACGAAACACAGGCGGGGAUUCCAAAACCGCCCCUUCCUCCCCGCUGACAUCCCCCUCGGAUACCCGCUCCUUUUUUAAAGUGCCCGAAAUGGAGGCUAAAAUUGAAGACACAAAGCGACGCCUUUCAGAGGUCAUCUACGAGCCUUUUCAGCUCCUCAGUAAAAUCAUCGGGGAGGAGAGCGGCAGCCAUCGGCCCAAAGCCUUAUCUUCAAGUGCUUCAGAACUCUCCAACCUGUCCAGCUGGAACGGGCACUUGGAAAGCAAUAACAACUACAGCAUCAAGGAAGAGGAGUGUGACUCGGAGGGGGACUGCUUCGGAAGCGAUCCCACCGUCGCCAGAAGUGACCACGCCAAGUCAGCCGAGGAGCCCCCACGUGAGGCCGAACCGAAGAGCUCCCAGGUUGGCAGCAGCCUCAAGGACUUUGGCCUGAAGACCAGCUCUCUGGUUCUGGAGAAAUGUUCCUUGUCUGCUUUGGUGAGCAAAGAAGAUGACGAGUUUUGUGAACUGUACACGGAGGACUUUGACCUGGAAGCCGAGGUCGAGAGUAAAGGCGACAAGCCCCCAGACGUCCCUCUCAAGCCCGAUGUGCUUGUGGACGAUGCCUUGACUCUCGACAGCGACGACGAGCUGGACUCGGCCGAGCAGCACCAGGAAUUGCCUGUGAAGACCCUGGGCUUCUUUAUCAUGUGUGUCUACGCGUACCUCAUCCUCCCCCUCCCCCAGUACAUGAGUGGACUCUUCCUGGGCAUUGGCCUGGGAUUCAUGACUGCAGUUUGCCUGAUUUGGUUUUUUACACCACCAAGUGCUCAUAAACAUCACAGGUUACACAAACACGAACACCAUCGGAACGCACGCUCUCUGGACGUCAAAGAACCGGAGAUGGUCAAGGGAUGGAUGAAUGAGAUCCACAGCUAUGAUCCUGAAACUUACCAUGCAACUUUGACGCAUUCAGUCUUUGUUCGGCUUGAAGGCGGGACAUUGAGACUUUCGAAGCCCAAUAAAAACAUAUCCAGGAGGGCGAGCUACAACGAGACCAAGCCAGAGGUCACCUACAUCAGCCAGAAGAUCUAUGACCUCUCCGACAGCAAGAUUUAUCUUGUACCUAAAAGUUUGGCUCGAAAACGAAUCUGGAAUAAAAAGUACCCCAUUUGUAUUGAGCUUGGUCGACAAGAAGAUUUUAUGUCUAAGACUCAAACUGAUAAGGAAAUGACAGAAGAGAAGCCACCAGCUGAGAAAGAGCUGGCAGGCGAGGACCCUAAGAAGCCCCCUCAGGAGGGAACAAAAUGCAGCCAGCGAGAUCAGAUCCUGUAUCUGUUUGGGAGAACUGGCCGAGAGAAAGAAGAGUGGUUUAGAAGAUUUAUUCUGGCAUCUAAACUGAAGUUGGAGAUGAAGAAGCCACCUGGUGCCCCUGGAAGUAAACCAGGGGCUUUGCCUGCCCCCAGCAGGCACAGCAGCCCGUCAGGCCACCUGACCCACAGCCGCAGCAGCAGCAAGGGCAGCAUGGACGAAAUCAUGCCCCAACCGAAGCAGAAGGAGCUGGUGGGCAGCGUGCGGCAAAAGAUGCUGCUGGACUACAGCGUGUACAUGGCCAGGUGUGUCCCCCAGGAGAGCCGAAGCCCCUCGAGGAGCCCCGUGCAGAGUGCCGAGAGCAGCCCCACGGCUGGGAAGAAGUUGCUGGAAGCGCUGCCCUCUGAGGAGGAAGAGCAAGAGGCCUGGGUGAACGCCUUACUUGGAAGAAUGUUCUGGGACUUCUUAGGAGAGAAAUACUGGUCUGACCUGGUGUCUAAGAAAAUCCAAAUGAAACUCAGCAAAAUAAAGCUCCCCUACUUUAUGAAUGAGCUGACUCUGACGGAACUUGACAUGGGAGUGGCUGUGCCAAAAAUCCUUCAGGCCUUCAAGCCUUAUGUCGAUCACCAAGGACUCUGGAUUGAUUUGGAAAUGUCCUACAAUGGGUCCUUUCUGAUGACUCUCGAGACCAAAAUGAAUUUGACCAAACUAGGUAAAGAGCCUCUUGCUGAAGCCCUGAAGGUUGGCGAAAUUGGCAAAGAAGGUUGCAGGCCCAGGGCAUACUGUCUGGCCGACAGCGACGAGGAAUCUUCCAGCGCUGGCUCCUCCGAGGAAGACGACGCCCCAGAGUCCAGUGGGGGAGACAAGCAGCUCCUCCCAGGGAGUGAAGGGUAUGUUGGAGGUCAUCGAACAAGCAAGAUUAUGCGAUUUGUAGAUAAGAUUACCAAAUCAAAAUAUUUCCAAAAAGCCACAGAGACGGAGUUCAUAAAAAAGAAGAUUGAAGAAGUUUCCAACACGCCCCUGCUGCUCACCGUUGAAGUGCAAGAAUGUAGAGGCACCUUGGCGGUGAACAUCCCACCACCCCCGACUGACCGGAUCUGGUACGGGUUCCGGAAGCCUCCGUACGUGGAGCUAAAAGCUCGGCCAAAACUUGGAGAGAGAGAGGUGACGUUAGUUCAUGUGACAGACUGGAUCGAGAAGAAACUGGAGCAAGAGUUUCAGAAAGUUUUUGUCAUGCCAAACAUGGACGACGUCUAUAUCACCAUAAUGCACUCGGCCAUGGACCCUCGAUCCACUGCCUGCCUCAAGGACCCAGCAAGGGAGGCGGCGGAGCAGCUGUGACAGGAGAGCGGCCAUUCCUCCCAGUAUUAGGAGAGCUGGGUUCCAGGUGUGGGAGCUCACGGCUGCCAGCUAUGCCGAAGUCCUGGCCUUCACCUGUGCCACAGCUGCUGUCUCCAGACUACUUCUGCCCUCUGCCUGCCGGUGCCCAUCCCACUGGGAGGUGUCAUUCCAUGCAGCCAGGGACUGGUGUCUCUGGACUGCCUGCUGCAAAGCUUUGGCUUAAGGAGCCUAAGGCCGAACAUCACAGAAGUUACCAGUGACUCACAUGGGGGGCUUUCUCAAGCCUACCAGUUUGGGGAGGGAGAGGCAGUAAAAGAGCACAUUAAGAGCAAAGCUGCCCCCGGGAAGGCUUCCCCUUGCCUUCACUCCAAAGCUUUACCUCAGGCAGCCAGGGCACCACAGGACAUUUUUUUUUAAUCACGUCUCCAGUUUCUCUCCGUGACCACCUGCCAUCCUCCACACCAACUGUGGGGAAGCACGUGCAGGGUGGGCGUGGGAUCUCACGAGCCAUUUCAUUGAUGGUGAAGAGAUGUGCAUAGCAACUCCCUCUUUUCCAUAUUGUGCAUUUUGGAAGCAAGUAGCCAUAGUACACACACACACACACAAUCAGCUGGGGUGGGGGCGGGGGACUGAUGUCAACAUUAGGCAAAGCCAUGAGAUCAAACCAUCCCAAGCCUUUACCAGUGAGGUACAGACACCUGCCUGUGUUGUAGUUGACCCCGAGUGUUUUCAAACAUGAGCACACAUGAACU